AUGCGGCAGCGUGGCUCACCAACGCCUGAUGCAGCAGCAGCAGCAGCAACAGAAGCAGCAGCAGCAACAGAAGCAGCAGCAGCAACAGCAGCAGCAGCAGCAGAAGCUGACCGCAGCAGCAGCAGCGACGUGAGCCACACCAGCAAAAGCGGUUUCUGUAAAGGGACUGCAGCAGCAGCAGCAGCAAAAGAAACAAGAGAAAUAAAAGAAAGAAAUGAAACAAAUAAAAUAAAUAAAAUAAAUAAGUCCAAUUUAAUUCCUUUUAAUGCAGCAGCAGCAGCUCAACAUACACCCCACGGUGUCUGCCGGAGCUGCAGCAAAAGGCUCUGGGCGAAGGCAACUCGCGGUGUACGUACACCUGAAGCAAGUGCAUGCAGGCUGCAGCAGCAGCACAGCAGCAAGGACGCAGCAGAAGCGGCAGCAGCAGCUGCUGCUGCUGCAACUGCUGCAGCAUCAGCUGUAGCAGAAGCAGCAGCAGCAGCGACUAGGCCAGCAGCAGGAACAGCACCCGGAGCGGCAGGAGCAGCAGCUGAAACGGCAGCAGCAGCAGCGGCGGAUGUCAGGCCAGCAGCAGCAGCAGCAGCAGAUGCUGUGCAUUCAGGCAUUUGCUGCUGCAGCAGCUGUGUCUCCUUUUCUGUGGAGACAAAUUUCAUAACCCUUCCGAAAGCACUGCAGCAGCUGCUGCAGCAAACAGGAGCAGCAAACGGCAGCAACGCAGCAGCAGCAGCAGCAGAGCCAACAGCACCAUCAGCUACAGAGCCAGCAGCGCCAGCAGCAGCAACAUCAGCGCCAGCAGCAGCAGGACCAGCAGCGCGAGUAGCAGCAGCACCAGCACCAGCAGCAGCAGCAGCAGCAGCGCCAGCAGCAGCAGCAGCAGCAGCAGCGCCAGCAGCAGCAGCAGCAGCAGCAGGUGUGCGUUAUAUUUGUGUGGAAGUGAAGCCAAAAUGCGGCCUUAAAGAAAUGCCCGAGGGAAUGAGAAGCAGAUUUCAGCUGCAGCAGCAGUUCAAACUGCAGCAGCACAAGCAGCAGCAGCAGCCUGAGUUCGUUUGCUCUGAAUACGAGCCUGAAUUGUUUUUUGCUGGAAUUGACAAUCUGAAUUUGCUGCUGCUGCAGCUGCAGCAGCUGCAGCAGCAGCCGCAGAACAAUCUCCGCGUCUUCAUAGACGGAGAAGCAGCAGCAGCAACAGCAGCACCAGCAGCAGCAGCAGGGGCAGCAGCAGAAGGUCUCUUGGUGCUUCCGCCUCCUCCCCAAGCGGCGCUGCUGCAGCCAACAGAAGCAGCAGCAAAGGCAGCAGCAGCAGCAGCACCUGCUGCAGCAGGAGGAGCAGCAGAAGCAACAGGCGCAGCAGCAGCAGCAGGUGCUCGCGGUAUUGAUUUGCUGCCUGUUGUUGCUCAUGUGCUGCAGCAGCACUGGCGGCUGUUUGCUGCUGUGCUGCAACUGCAAGCCUUAGCAGCAGGGCAGCACGAGGUUGCGCUGCAGCUGCUGACGCAGCUUUUGCAGCAGCAGCAGCAGCAGCGGCAGCAGCAGCAGCAGGCUGUGAGAUCGAGAGCAGCAGCAGCAGCUGCAUGGGUUCUUCUAGCAAGAAAGCUGCGGAGAAAGAGAGCAGCAGCAGCAGCAGCUCGGCGGGCAGCAGCAGCAGGGCGGCGGCGGUACGGAGCUGCAGCAGCAGCAGCAGCAGCAGCAAAGCCUUCAGCAGCAGCAAAAGCAGCAGUAGCAACAGCAGCAGCAGGACCGCGAAGCAAUUUAUCCUGCUGCCCCCUAAGGCCUCUUUGCUGCUGCUGCUGGCUAAACUUGGACAAUUAUUUGGAAGCGUUCUCCGAGGUGUCUGUACACCACAGCAGCUUUGCUGCUGCUGCUGCUGCUGCUGAGCAGCAGCAGCAGCAGCACAAAAAGAUGGGAAUGGAGCUGCUCCAGCUGCUGCAGCAGCAGCAGCAACAGCAGCAGCAGCAGCAGCAGCAGCAGCGCAGCAAGCGCGCUGGCUGGCGGCGUGUAAUCUGCAGCAGCCGGCAGCCACCGAGUUGCAGACACAAAUUCAAAUUGAGUAUAAAGCCAAACUGUAACAGCAGCAGCAGCAGCAGCAGCAGCAGCAGCAGCAAAAUGAGAGAAGCAGAAGCAGCAGCAAUCCAGUGGCUCUGCCGCUUCCUGCUGGGGCGCGCAGCAAUGGACGUGAGCGUGCUGCUGCGUCUGCUGCUGGUUUGGGAGGAGCUGCCGCAGCUGCAGCAGUGCAUGCAGCAAGAGGGUUUUACUGAAAUAGACUUUUUGGGGUUUUGCCGCGGCUACCAAAAAGUCCAUUUGAUUGACUUUGACUUCAAACCCAUUCACAAAGUCUACAAGUGGGCUCGGGUGCUGCGGCAGCUGCAGCAACUUGGCACAGGAGAGGGCAGCAGCAGCAGCAGCAGCAGCAGCAGCAGAGUCUCCUAG